AUGACCUACCCGCAGCUCAGAGGCGCCUAUGCGCAUGUCUUGGUUACCGGCCAGAGGCUGACCACCUGCGGCCCAGAGGCGCGGGAUAAACACGACGCAACGCUUAAAGAGGCUGCCUUAUGUUUUAGUCUAAAAACUAGCAAAGCUGUCUGA